AUGACGGCGCCCGUGCCGCUCGCAGUGAUGACGCUGCUGCUGACGAUGAUGGCGGCUCGCGGGGCCGCCGCCUCCCAGGCGGUCGUCGUCGCGGCCGGGGGCGGGGGCGCGGGCAGCGAGACGCCGCCCCCAGCCGUGCCGCGCACUCAGCUGGGCGGCCCCCGCGGGGGCGACGACGACUACGACUACGACGAGGAGUACCUGGAGGAGGAGCAGCCCGUGACCGGCACGGCCUCUGGCCUGGGGCAGUACCUGGGCGCGCCGUGCGUCGACGACUGCAGCCCCUCUCUGCCGCACACCUUCUGCGACCCCGUGACGCAGGUGUGCGAGUGCGAGAAGCACUACCCCGUCAAGCUGGGCGCCACCAAGGGCUGCGCCAAGCCGGUGCGGCUGGGCGAGCAGUGCUACUACCUGGCGACGUGCACGUACACGGACGCGCACGCCGAGUGCAAGCAGAUCGCCCACAACGCCAUCUGCCAGUGCAAGCCCGGCUACCACGUGGUCGCGCGCCAGCGGCCCACCAAGAAGGUCUUCUGCUCCGAAGACCUGGUGCUGCUGACGACGGACAUGCCGACGCUGUUCGGCGUGGCGACCGGGCUGGCCAUCUUCACGGCGCUCAUCUGCUUCGUGCUGAAGCUGUUCAGCAGAGCCAGGUACUCUCGGCCGCGGCACUACGCCAACGCCAACCUGGCGCCGCCCAUCCUCUUCUCCAGCGAGACCGGGAUCCCGCUGGCGGUGCACGGGGCUCGGCCGCCGUCGCGGGCCUCCAGCCAGCGCAGCGCGGGCACCGCCGGCUCCUCCACGGGGGGCUGCGGCUUCGCGCCGCCGCGGCGAGCCUCCAGCGACGGGCUCGUCAGCCUGGCGGGCACGGCGCGCGCGUGCGCGUCGCGCGGCGUCGCGGUGCCGGCGUCGCGGGCAGGUGCGGCUCGAGCCGCGGCCAUCUUGCUUAUCUCGUGCCACCUGACGGCCACCGCGGCCAAGGCAGCCGCCGCCGAGGAGGAGGACUCGGAGGCGGAGGCGCCGCCGCCGCUGGCGGGCCCGGCGCCCACCCCCACGCCCGUCACCAGCGGCGCGCCCGCCGCCCUGCCGGACCCCGGCCUCGAGCUGCUGGACGCCGACUCUGAGGACGAGCCGCCUCUGCAGCAGCGGGAGCCCGGUGAGCAGCCGGGGGCGGCUGGCGGCGGCGGCGGCGGCGGCGGCGGCGGCGGCGGUCCGGCCCCGGGCCCGAGCCCGGGCGCCGGGAGCGGCCCCGCCCCCGCGGCCGUGCGCGGGGGCGGCGGAGCCGGCUACUGCCCCCCGCCGCCCUCCGCCUGCUCCACCGCCUGCGGCACGCCGACUCUGCUGAACAAGAGCGGACGGCUGACCGCAGGUUCCCGGAGACCCAGCCUGGCGUCCAUCCACUCCAGCGCGUCCUCGUCACGCUCGAUGAGCUUCAGCAUGCGGAAGUUCGAGCGCGAGAACCAGCAGCGCGAGGAGCGGCGGCUGCAGCUGCUGGCCCAGCAGCAGGAGCAGCAGCAGCUGCAGCAGCAGCAGCUGCUGGAGAUCCAGCAGAAGCAGCAGCAGCAGCAGCUGCAGCUGCGCCAGGAGCCGCAGCAGGCGGCGCAGCCCCACCAGCAGGCGCCGUCGCCCAGCCCGCGGACGCCCAUGAGCACCGACGAGCUGCUGCCCGCCGUCUCCGAGGUCAGGGAUGAGGCGCUGUACAACUCUGGUUCAUCCAGUGCCAGCAGCAGCCACGUGCAGUCCGCCUACCAGGGACCGUGCACCUCGACCGAGGCAUCGCGCUAGCCGCUCGCGACACGUCACCCGCACCGCCGAUUCUGCAGCUAGUCUGUCCCCCGGACCUGAAGAGGGCUUACUUCUGCACCCCGUGAGCUCUCCACCGGUCAGAAGAUGUCUAUCGGGUGCUUCGUCCAGUUACGCGGCAGAGGUCACUACGCCUCGACAGUGGCACGUUCUCUAAUGCGGAGAGUUACGAGGAGAGUUCGUAGUUUACAGGGCAGGCAGACACAGUACAGUAACUAAGUGUACCGUAAGUCUUUCUGAGAAGCCUUUUACCCCGUGUCACGCCGUGACAGGGGGUGCUACUUUUGCUAAAGAUAAACUCGACACUUGUGGGACAUUCCAAUAAUUCACCAAAUAACUCGCAGAUUAGCAUGUGCAGAGGAUAAAUGCCAUUAAAACUUUAUACACUUCCAGUGCGAUGUACAUUAGAUUUUCAGUGGCUCGUUUCACUUCUCGAGAACAUGCGACAGACUCGUCACCCUUAACAGUUACGCUUCAGUCCAGGAGAUAACCCACAUAUACACCGAGGUCUACUACUGCAUCAGUGACAAAUUGUGCAACUUUUAUGGAUUUGUGUAACAUAAUUUUUGAGAAGAUAUUUCUUUUGACCAUAAUGACUAUAUCAGGCAUUCUCACAUUCUGUGUUUGAAGGACUUUCCAUUGAACUAUGAAUGCUACCAUUCUGUACCAAACACUAGUGUUUCCUGCAGGCCUUAUGCAACUCUGUGGGAGAUAACACUAUAUCUUUACCCCCCCCCCCCCCCCCGCUC